AUUUCAUAUUAUGCAGCACAGUAUAGCGCAGACUACGGCAGCGGUAGUUGUGACGGUGGCGGCCAUUUUGGACUCGGCCAUCUUUGGUUUUGGAAUUAAAUAAAUUCAAUCGGAUGCCGCCAUGUUUGGUGGACAUAUUUAAAAUAAACAAAAAUUGCUUGUGUCGGUGGCCAUCAUAGUUUUUUGUUUUUGUUAUUUUUUUCUAAACCGGGACGACCGUUUUGUAUUAUACAAGUUAUUUGGUGAAUUAAAGUGCGAUUUUGGCGUGGGUGCAGAAUCAUUGCGAAACCUCGCGGCUUCCGUAGUGGUGGACCGUCUGCAGUGGCUCGGGACUACGUCUCGAUAAUGUCGCAUCAGGACAUUAUGUGCGAGGUGGAGAUUUCCGAUUCGUCAAUAGUUGAGGUUGUCGACACAGAACACUUCAGCGAGAUUGGCGCCGUGCCCUAUGAGAACUAUGAGGUAGGCGACGAUCAGUAUGAGGAGGUUACCUGCAAGACGGAAGACUCGCAGGAGCUGAUGAUGCAGAACAUCGAUGACGUUUUCAUAUCAGAGGAAGUGAUUUUGCAGACAGAUAGCGCGAUUCAGGGGCACGAGGAAGUCCUCGAUGCAUCGGGAGACCCGCUAUGUGUUUACGGAGACGUCUCCUCGUUCUCGGGCGAAAUAUAUGUGGAGUCGACGCCUGGACCAGGGCCUUCAAGAAAAAGGAAAAAUCUCCAGCAGCCGCAGCAGACAGCUCAGCAUCACCAGCCACAGGCUAUGACAAACAACAGUAGCCGAUCCAAGAGCCUAGUUAGUCGCAUUAGGACAGGGAACGCGCAAGAUGUUAUCACGAUGGAACAGGCACCAUCAAAGCCGCGACGAUGGGAACAAAAACAGGUACAAAUCAAGACGAUGGAGGGUGAAUUCAGCGUUACAAUGUGGGCAUCGGGUGGUUCGGACGAUGACGACGGCUCUAACCCAGAGCCCGAUCCCGACUACACUGAGUACAUGACCGGCAAGAAAAUUCCACAGGAUUGUGUGCCCGGCUUAGACUUAUCCGAUCCAAAACAACUGGCUGAGUUUGCCCGUCCGGGGCACAAGCUAAAAGUGAAGAAGACAAGUCAAAGCAAUGACAUUCACGAUCGUACAAUAGCGUGUCCGCAUAAAGGCUGUAACAAAAUGUUCCGUGAUAACUCUGCAAUGCGCAAGCAUUUACACACGCACGGACCAAGGGUACAUGUGUGCGCUGAAUGCGGUAAAGCCUUCGUGGAAAGUUCAAAACUUAAACGGCAUCAACUUGUACACACUGGCGAGAAACCAUUCCAAUGUACUUUCGAUGGAUGCGGUAAACGAUUCUCAUUGGAUUUCAAUCUAAGGACGCACGUUCGAAUUCACACAGGCGAUCGUCCAUAUGUUUGUCCGUUUGAUGGAUGCAACAAGAAAUUCGCCCAAUCUACAAAUUUGAAGUCACAUAUUUUAACACAUGCUAAAGCCAAGCGAAAUUCUGUGAGCGGUAAUCGCAAUUCAAUACCAAUGCCCAAUCAAAACUUCGUUAAAGUCGAAAUGACAGACCUCGAUAAUAAUUAUUAUCUUUCUCGAUAAUGAUUCUUUUGUAUAAAAUUCAGAUUUUAAUUCCGUUUCGGUAUUUCCUUGCAAUUUUCCUUUUGGUUUCUAAUUUUCUUCUUUUUUGUUCUUAACAUGGAAAUCUAUGUUUCAAAAUAGUUUUAGUUACUUUCAUAUGCCAAAAAAAAAAAAGAAAUCGAGAAGCAGAUAUGUAAAGCGCUGUUGCGAUUAAAGAUUGUGUUUUAAUCAGUCCCAGGCGUAGAUUGAAGGAAGUAGUUUGUUGAUGUUUGCCUCGUCAUUGCGAACAUUGUGGAGUUGAAUUCAGUGUUCAACUUGAAAAACAACUGCAAUCGUAAAUCUAAGAGUCCCCCGGAUAGGAUGUCAACUAUUGUCUUCCUCGUGGAGGCGUGUCAGGAAAAAGUUUAAGAGGAAAACAGAGACAGAUUAAGGAAAUCUCUAGCCAGCUGUAAAAUAUGUAUAGUGAAUAAGGAGAACUUUAGUUUAAAGGAAUUAUUCGAUCACAUGAGAUUUAAAUUAAACAUAUAUACGCAUCCUUAUAGAUGUAAACCUAUAUAAGUAUGAAAUAAUUGUAUUUUUGAUAUAUGCAAUGAUAGUGUUUAGGUCUAUGUUACAUAAUUAAGUUUGGAGUGAAAGAAGGCAAAGCUUACUAAGAAAGUUUUAAAACAAAACAAAAAAAAAAGCGCGUUAAAAGUGUUUGAAGAAGACUGUAUGAGGGGCGGGUACUGCUUUUCUCCCCUUAAGUAAGGAUUCUUCUGGGGGAAAUUGCGAUUUAAAGUAAUAACCGACAUUAGCCCGUGUGAAAGCCAAGGAGAUAUCCGGUAUCUAUACGUACCACUCGCACGUGAAUCUAGUUUUGAUUUUACAAGAUGAGCAUGAAGUAAAAUGUAGAAAAUACCUAAGGAUUGUAAUAUAAAAUAAAAAAGGAACAACAAU